AUGGACAUGCUACCGGCGUCUCUCUGGCACCGGGUGUUCCGCUGCCUGCUGCUACCGCCCGGCUCCUCGCACUCCGAGAACCCCCUCGUCCACAGCAGACGAAAGACGCCCUGGUAUCUCACCGCCACAACACAGCCCCCAGCGGGCAGAAUCCUGCCCGUGAAAUUUGUGGACCCUGACUUCACGGCAGUCGGGCAGCACCGGAAGAAUGCGAAGAGUUACGGCAGCGGGUGGGCACUGCUGUGCUGCGCCAUGGCCAGCAAGAGGCUCCUCACGCUCGUCCUCUCCUUCUCCGUGAGUGCUGCUCUGUCUGUGCUUGACUUGAUGUUUGGAAGGCCUCGGCUGUCCCUCGCGCUCACCUACACGCACAUCAUUCUCCUCUCCCACUUUCAUAUUCCCUCCUCCAUUCACACCCAUCCGUCUCUGCCGGCCCAGCACCCCAUAUGCUUGGCCCAGCACCCCAUCUCCUUGGUCUACAACGACCUACACCCGCAGUGGGAGAGGAGCGUCGCCUUCUUCCUGCGCUGGCGCGGCCUCAGGUCCCUCGCCCUCACCUACACGCACAUCAUGCAGCUGCACACGCUCUGCUCGCAGGCCGAGUGGCCGAGUGGUGAGGUGACGGAGGAGAAGGGCCACUUGCGAUGGGCCUGCGGGUCCCUCGCCCUCACCUACACGCACAUCAUGCAGCUGCACACGCUCUGCUCGCAGGCCGAGUGCUGCACACGCUCUGCUCGCAGGCCGAGUGGUGAGGUGACGGAGGAGAAGGGCCACUUGCGAUGGGCCUGCGGGUCCCUCGCCCUCACCUACACGCACAUCAUGCAGCUCAACACGCUCUGCUCGCAGGCCGAGUGCUCAACACGCUCUGCUCGCAGGCCGAGUGGUGAGGUGACGGAGGAGAAGGGCCACUUGCGGUGGGCCUGCGGGUCCCUCGCCCUCACCUACACGCACAUCAUGCAGCUCAACAUGCUCUGCUCCCAGGACCAGUGGCAGUUCUCCUCCCUCACCUCGCUCAGCCUCAAGCUGCGCGGCUGUGUGGACUCCGCCCAGCAGUUUGACACAGUGGAGCAGGGCGAUAGGGAUGAGGUGGAGGAGGAAUACUGGACGCAGUACUUUGACUGCCCACGUCUGCAGCGGCUGAAGCUGGGCCGCGGCAAGGGGGUUCUACAAAACGGCUGGGCAGACGAGUUCAAGGCGCUGCGCAGCUUGACUCUCAAGCACGUGGACUGGAGCUAUGUGGAUUUCAAGCAUCUCACCACAAUCACACUGCGGCUCACGGAAUUCACGCUUUACGAGCGUUGGAAUUUGGAUGAAGCAUCCUCCGGGCCUAGGAGUGAUGGCAGCAGCCGAUUCUGUUUCGACUGCUCAUCAGCUCGUGUUCUCCGCUUCUUCUUCGCACAGAGCAGCCUCACGCUCUUCCUCACCCUCUCCCGCUCGCUCAAGGCCUUCUCAGCCGUGGCCAAACGCCUCGUCCUCUCCUGCAAGAGCACCCUUCCUCUCUAUCUCCACCACCUCUCACUCUACGGCCAGGAGCGGCUCAUCAUCUCCUCCCUCCCCAUCGCAUCGGCCCGAGAGGCCUACCUCAACGGCCCCCCUAGAGACUGGCACUCCCGCGAUGAUGCCAGCUCUUCCCACUGGGCCACCCCUGCUCCGCCCCCUGGCUGGCUGAACUCGCACCGCAGCAGCUCCCCUGAGUUCUCCUGGGUGGCAUGGCUGGGCGCUAUAGCGCGGACAGUGGAGGUGCUUAUAGUGAGGCACGGGGUGCCUGUAGAGAAGGUGGAGGCGGAGUGGAGCUGA